AUGGGAAUCGGGAAUUACUUCAAGGCCGGGAAGCCUCCGGCGACCCCGGCGGCCGCACCGGUCUCACCACAACGCAGCAAUGCGCGGCAGACUCGCCAGCAACCACCAUCUCCCUCCGGCUUUCCUACGCCAUCACCCGAACUCGGCCUCGAACUUCUUCCGCCUACCCCUAGGCACAGCUCUCGGCCGCAGUCCAUCUCAGGGCGGUCGGCGAGGUCGACGGGGAGCUCGGUCUUGGACGAUAUCAAGCACGAGGUGAUGGUCAGCUACUUGUACCAGCAGCAAUGUUCGAAUCUCUGGGUGUCGGACGGUAGUGGGGAGAUUGAAGGUGUUCUCCUGAGGAAAACGAGGGGGCAGUACAUGGCGUGUCCGCCACAGCUCGGCGAGUCGCCGUUUGCGAUGGCCUGUGCCGCGCUGAAUGUGCAGUGCGCCAUGACAGUCAACUCCCGAGUCAUCAAGACGUUUCUCCAGUGGUCACCCGAUGCUGUCGAUGUUCCCCUGAUGAACGGCUUGCGGGUGCAGAUUCUCCCCACCAUCGAUGACCUCCCCCGUGCUAGGAAACACCAGUUCGCGGCGUUUGUCGCAUCCGAGGGUCUGUUGGUGGUGUGGGAUGACGAGGCACUGCACUUGGUGCAACGAGCCAAGGCGAUUGAGUCCGAGCUGAUGGAGUUGGUGUGGAAGGCCGGUGUUGAGGAGGAUGCUGAUGAGAAGGCGGGCCCCGUGGUGGAGGAACCCGAGGUGGACGAGGAGAGCGGCGAGCUGAAGCCGGAGAAGCGACCGGUCCACCUGCUGAAUACCUACCUGGUCAGCAUGACGCUGGUGCUAGUCACGGUAUCCCUGGGCGCGGCUUUCCGGCAGCUCGCCAUCGAGGUCUCAGUCGACGGUAGCUACUUGCGCCUGGCGCUUGUGGCGUUGUUCCCCGUCCAGAUCUUUUUCACCCUCUUCUUCGGCCAGGUCAUUGUCGGCUGCUUGGCUCAGAUCUUUGGGCCGAUCCGCCAACUCACCAUCAACUCCAAGUUCUACUCCGCCCGGCCCCCACCAAGGCUCCGGUCUACCGUUCUACCGCAUGUUACCGUCCAAUGCCCUGUCUACAAGGAGGGCCUUGGCGGUGUCAUUGCCCCGACUGUCAAGUCCAUCAAGCAGGCCAUGUCGACGUACGAACUGCAAGGCGGGUCGGCCAACAUGUUUAUCAAUGACGACGGCCUGCAGCUGAUCUCGGAGGAGGACCGCCGCGCGCGUAUCGACUUCUACGCCGACCACAGCAUCGGCUGGGUGGCCCGCCCGAAGCACGGCGAGAACGGCUUCCUGCGGCGCGGCAAGUUCAAGAAGGCCUCCAACAUGAACUUCGCCCUCAUGAUCUCCUGCAAAGUCGAGGAGAAGCUGGCAGCUCUGAACCGCACCCCGGACUGGUCGCAGAACGACGAGGCUCAGGCGUACGAGCGCGCGCUCAAGGAGGUUCUCGAGGAAGACGGCCGCGCCUGGGCUGACGGCAACAUCCGCGUCGGCGACUACAUCCUGCUGAUCGACUCCGACACCCGUGUACCCGCCGAUUGUCUGCUGGAUGCCGUCUCCGAGAUGGAACUGUCCCCAGACGUCGGCAUCAUGCAGUUCUCGUCGGGGGUCAUGCAGGUCGUGCACACGUACUUUGAGAACGGCAUCACCUUCUUCACCAACCUGAUCUACAGCGCCAUCCGCUACACCGUUUCCAACGGCGACGUCGCCCCCUUCGUCGGCCACAACGCCAUCCUCCGCUGGUCCGCCAUCCAGCAGGUCUCGUACGAGGACGAGGACGGCUACGAGAAGUUCUGGUCCGAGAGCCACGUGUCCGAGGACUUCGACAUGUCUCUCCGACUGCAGUGCGCGGGCUACAUCAUCCGCCUGGCCGCCUGGGCCGGCGAAGGGUUCAAGGAGGGCGUGUCGCUGACGGUGUACGACGAGCUGGCACGGUGGGAAAAGUACGCCUACGGCUGCAACGAGCUGCUCUUCCACCCGAUCCGCAAAUGGAUCUACAAGGGGCCCUUCACCCCUCUCUUCCGCCGCUUCCUCUUCUCCAACAUCCGCUUCACCUCCAAGAUCACCGUCAUCUCCUACAUCGGCACCUACUACGCCAUCGGCGCCGCCUGGAUCAUGACCAGCGUCAACUACUUCAUCAUGGGCUGGUUCAACGGCUACCUCGACAAGUACUACGUCGACUCGUGGCAGGUCUGGUUCUCGAUUAUUAUUGUCUUUAACGGGCUGGGCAACAUCGCGUUGGCCGUCAUGCGGUAUCGUGUCGGGGAGCGCAACAUCUUGUAUGCGUUGUACGAGAACUUCAAGUGGACGUUCCUGUUGGCGAUCUUCUUGGGCGGGUUGUCGUUGCAUGUCUCGCAGGCGUUGCUAGCGCACAUGUUUGAGAUUGAUAUGACCUGGGGCGCGACGUCGAAGGAGGCGGAGUUUUCGAACUUCUUUAUUGAGGUGCCUAAGGUGUUGAAGAAGUUCAAAAUCUCCAUGCUCUUCGCCAGCCUGUUCAUCGCCGGCAUGGUCAUCCUUGCCGUCGCCCCUUUUAUCCCGUACGGCUGGCAUAUCACUGACUUUGUCGCCAUUCUCCCCAUGGCUACGGUUGCGGCGUCGCAUUUGUUGUUACCGCUGGCGUUGAACCCUGCGUUGAUGACUUUCUCUUGGUAG